UAUAAACAAACAUUUUUGCCACGGUAAAACAAAUUCGUUAACAGAAAUCUUUGCUAGUUAAAGGUGCCAAACUACACCGAAGAAAACCGAAACGAUGCGAACUCAUCGCAAUUAAAAUACUUUUUACCGGAUUCAAUACACAAUCUCAAGCCAGCAGCCAAAUGGAGCUGCCUUUGCUCGGCGAUACGCUGAUCGUUCUCGUGUCCCAGCUCAUUUUCUUCAUCGGAGGAUGGGUAUUUUUUGUGAAACAGCUGUUCCGCAACUACGAAAUACGGCAUGUGUUCGUACAGCUCAUCUUCUCAUCCACGUUGGCCCUUUCGCUGACGAUGUUCGAGCUGAUUAUUUUCGAAAUCAUCGGCUUCCUGGAUUCGACGUCACGGUACUUCCACUGGCGGUUGGGCCUAACGCUGCUGCUCAUCAUGGUGAUCGCCGUGAUACCAUACUUGAUCGCAUAUUCCUGCAUCAGUAAUGUGCGAAUAGUUCCCGCCAGGUGGGUUCAACCUUUGACGACACUCAUCUGGCUUUGCUAUCUGUACGGGUUUUGGCGCAUCGGUGAUCCAUUUCCACUAUUAAGCGUUAGCCGAGGUAUCUUCACGAUCGAGCAGGCAGUGUCACGCAUCGGUGUGGUCGGUGUCACCGUGAUGGCAAUACUCUCCGGAUUCGGUGCGGUAAACUAUCCGUACACCAGCAUGUCUUACUUCAUUCGCCCGGUCUUACAGAGCGAUGUGGUGAAUUUGGAGCGACGGUUGCUUCAGACCAUGGACAUGAUACUGGUGAAGAAGAAGCGCAUCGCACUUGACCGUAGAAGGAACAAACCGAACCAGAAGCAAAGCAUCUGGGGCAUGAUAAGCAGCGUCACGCAAAGACCUGCCGGUGCAGAAAACAUUGGUCAGCUGCGGUUAGAAAUUUCCGCCCUAGAAGAACUUUCCCGACAACUCUUCCUCGAAGCGCACUCGAUGAAAAACAUGCAGGAACGUCAACGAUGGGCGGGUACACUGCAGGGCAAAUAUUUUAACGUGCUGGGGCAUUUUUUUAGCCUGUACUGUUUGUGGAAAAUUUUCAUCUGCACAAUUAAUAUAAUCUUCGACCGGGUCGGCAAAAAGGAUCCGGUAACGCGCGGCAUCGAAAUUGCGGUGCACUGGUGCGGCUUCGAGAUGGACAUUGCGUUCUGGAGCCAGCACGUUUCCUUCCUGCUAGUCGGGUGCAUCGUCGUCACCUCCAUCCGUGGACUGUUGCUAACGCUGACGAAGUUUUUCUACAAAAUUUCCUCCAGCAAAUCGUCCAACAUUAUCGUGCUGGUGCUCGCCCAGAUAAUGGGCAUGUACUUCUGCUCGUCCGUGCUGCUAAUGCGCAUGAACAUGCCCGCCGAGUAUCGGGUCAUCAUAACGGAGGUGCUGGGCGGUUUACACUUUAACUUUUACCACCGGUGGUUCGAUGUGAUCUUUUUGGUAAGCGCACUCGCGACCAUUGUCGUGCUUUAUUUGCUGCAUAAGCCACCGAACGUAGACUCUAGCAUGUAACAGGCAGGGGGGUCACAGUUAAUUACCUGUCUAUCCAUCUCUGCCUGGCCAAACGGACGGGAUGAUGACGGUAUGAUUGUUUUACCGUGGAACCUCAAUGCCAUGCGAUGGCGGACCAAACCAGUGGACAAGCUUCUUCACUACUGUAACGUAACAUCGAGUGAUUGCAUUAAUUAUGGCCGUUAAUGUCUUUUUUGCUGCCAAACUAUGAAGGUGCGCCCCGAAACGUAUCCAAUAUCCCAAAUAUGCGCCACGCGAUAUCUCUCAUGCGUUCUUAUACACACAUACACCUGCUUGCUGUUUUGUUUAUUUGUUUUUAAUCCAUUCCGACAUUCACUACAGCUAAAGCUGAGGACAUGAUAACUGUUGAUGUAAAUAAUCGAAAGAAAACAAUCAAUAGCAACAAAUAAAGAGUUGUAUUGAA